UUAACGACAAGUGUUUAAUUUCUGCUCCUUCUAAACUCUGUAUUUUUUAAGCCAAGUCCCUCUCUGUCUCCUUGUCAGCGUUAAAACUCAAAAGAAGCAUCUCUCUCUCUCUCUCUCUCGAUUCUCUCACGUAAGUUCUAAGGUUUCGUCGAUUCUUUGUUUCCGGCAUAAAAUUUUCGAACUUGAUUUCUGUAGUCUUUUGAUCGUUUCUUCGCCAAAACUCUGCUUUCUUGAGGCCACUUACUAAGACGGAUACCCAUAAAAUAUGGAUAGAUCAUCAUCAUCAUCAUCUGUUCCAGUCGAAAAUGUUGAUUGGAUCAGUACACUCCCCGAUGAUUUAUUGCUCAUGAUCGUAUCAAGACUGUCCACAGAAGAAGCGGUAAGGACGAGCGUUGUGUCCAAACGAUGGGAACAUGUGUGGAAGCACAUGUCUCGUCUAGUUUUGGACAUGCGAAAGAAGUGUACCGAUUCUAACAUUACCCUCGAUGUUUCGAAUCGUGUUGCUACACUGAUGACCAAGAUUAUUAACAAUCACCGUGGACAUCUAGAGAGCUGCGUAAUCGAGUACGAUUACACAAACGGGAUGCUGAAUACUUGGUUUCAAUCGCUCACCGGUGUGAGGCAGACCAAACAUCUCACACUUAGACAUUAUUUUGGACUAGAGAAGUGGCCAAUAUGUCCCAACUUCCCACAAGACUCAUUCUCAUUUUCAAGCCUCACAUCACUCUCGCUAUCGUCAUACAUAUUCAGAACCUCGCAUUCCUUCAACAACUGCCAAAAUCUCAUGACCCUCAAACUCUCAUGUACGUACGCCCCUGAUGUUGGACUCUUUAACAGAAUUCUCGCAUCUUGCCCUUCCCUGGAGGUGCUUGUACUAGGCAUCGGUUGCACCAAAAAGGGUGGUCCUUUGAAGAUUGACAACAAAAGAUUAAAGUUCUUGAAAGUGUCAUCACAUUGCAUUGGGAUUGAUGGCAUGAAAGUGUCUUCACCUAGUUUGCAUAUCCUCGUUAUCGUUGAUAGUCUCUCAUGUGGGAGAUAUAACUCUGACCUCACGUCUCCUCUACUCCAGUUUAAUAGAAACUUGGCAAGGUUAAGCUUGCCUCACGUCAGCUACAACAUAUCACAGGAGGAAAAUUGCAAAGGGCAUGAAGAAUAUGUGGUAAACUCAUGUGGUGCGUUCUUGAGAGGAUGGCUUGCACUCAUGUCAGUGAGUGUAGAUUUAAUGAAUCCAAGAGAAGUUGCGAGGUUAAGACAAGUCUUACUUGUAUGCCCUGUUCCAAUGAUUGAGCUUGAGCUAAUAUUUAAGAAUAACAAUGCUCCCAGGGAAGAAGUCGGUAAGGACAAGUUGUGGAGUGAGAAUAUCAAAGAGCCGUUCCCAAAUGCUAAAUUUCGCGUGGAUUCUUUGUGGAUGUAUAACUUCAGCGGUUCAGAGGAAGAGUUUGCUUUGGUGUCGUGUUUGAUUAGGCAAAGGACUGUGAAAAAAAAUGUGAUGAUCAAGACAACGUCGUUUCCUGAUAGAAAGAAAUUGGAGAUAGAAACGGCUGUGGCUAAGCUACAAGCACUAAAAGCGAAAGAUCAGUGGGCGCUUAGCAUCAAAUGUUUCUGAUGGUAGACCUUUUUGGUUCCCCCAUCUUUCCAAACUAAUUGGGCAUGAAGAAUUUUUGGUUAAAGCAUGUGGUGCGUUAUUGAGAGCAUCCUUCAA